CAGGGAAUGGAGGUGCUGCUGCUCUACUUGACAGGGAUCAUCCUGGGCGUGGGCAUCAUUCAGUUGGUCAACACCUCCUGUGACGAGUGCAACCAGAUCAUUUGCGACAACAUCCAGGAUGAGGUGGCGCCCACCGCCCCUGGCUGGUUUGUCAAUACCGUCAUGUGCCUGGGUGUCGUCUUCAUCAUCUGCCUCGCGAUCUUCUGGUUCUGGCACUGGCAGAAGGAAAAGAAGAGCAAGACGUACCAGGCGAUGGUGCGCUCCGCGGAGGACCACCACGUGCAGUGCCACGCAGCCAUACCCAACGACAGCUACAACAACAACUUCGAGGAGACCUGGCGGGCAUAUCCGCUGAGUGCGAAGGACGUGGUGAGAGUCACCCGUCUACAGGUCUUCUCCUUGAACAUUGUAGGCGUGGGAUUUCCGCUCUACUGCAAUGCCAUGCUGAACUUUCUGAAGCUGUGUAUCCUCUUUUGGCUCGGGAAUGGCGUCUCCAGCGGUCUUUUUCACGACGUGAUCCAAACUGCGUGCUUGCCCUUCGACCAUCGCAAGGGCGUGCAGAAGGCGGCAGAGGAUCUGGCUGUGGACCGGGCCUGGGCGCUGCUGCGCUUGUUCAUCGUGACCACGGUGUUCCACUGGCUUCACGCCAAGCAGCAGCGUGUCUUCGCCCGCGAGUUUGAUGACAAGCACAUGGAGAUGCGCGACUACGCGCUGCUGGUGGACGGCUUCCCAGAAGAUGCAACCUCUGAGAAGGCGCUGGCGGACUACUUGCAGGAGGCUUUGAAGAUGGAUGGGCGAGACUUUCCCAAGGUGGUUGGUACGUCCAUUGCCUUCGACUUCUCCUCGGAGUCGGACUUUGUGUUCAGUCUUCUUGAGGAAGAGUUUGUGAAGCUGACAGCGGCGAACGAAGCUGGCCAGCACAAAGAUCACGAAGAUGCGAGUUUGACGAGCCUGGUGCACGAAGUGCACGCUGCCUGGGAAGAGUCGCACCGGGGGGCCUCCAGACUGCACCUCCCGGGUGCCCGGGACCCCUUCGACGUGGACUUCACCGGCGUGGAGUGCAGCUCCUCUGAGGAAUCGUCUUCAAGCUGGACGCAUGUGGAUGAGUCUGAUGAAGCUGCCUGUGCAAUGGAGCAGGACACCGCGGAGAUCGCAGCCAAGUUGAAGCAGUUCAAGAACUCGGGCCGUGUCUUCGCAGUCUUCGAAUACCCCGUCAACGACAAGGUGAGCGCCAAACAUCUGCAAGAAGCGCUUGAUCGCAUGCCAUUCAAGGGCCAGCACAUGGAGGUGCGCCUUUUGAGCGCGGAUCCACCGAGCAUCAUCUGGGAGCACUGUGUGCAUCGCCUCAAGGAGAGGCAACGGCGCUGGGGCUGCUUGUGGCUGAGCUUCAGGGAUAUCAGCCUCCUCCUCGCGAACCUGAAGAUUGUGUGCUGCUGCCUCCUGCUGGUGCUCGGAUACUACUACAUCUACUCGCAGGUGUACCGUGCACAAAAAAAAGCGAAGCAGGAAGACUUCAUGAUGACCACGCUCGUCACAGUGUCCGCAUCAGUGGGCAACAUCAUCAUCAAUCAGAUCGUGUGGUCUUGCGCCAUGGAUGUGGGCUACCGGUUCAAGGCAGACAGAGAUGCAUACGUCUUCCGCUGGUACACGGUCAUCACCCUGAUCAACACGAUCUUUAAUUUUGGUGUCAUCACCACCACAUUUAGCAAGAAGCCUGAAGACGACCUACAACAGGUCCUCUACGAGGCAGCUCUAGGUCAUCAAUUGUUUAUGUUUAUCCGUGGCUCCCUCAUCAGCUACGCCAUUUUCCCCGUGUUCUACAUUCUACUGUGGCUGAAGGGCCGUGUGAUCCUUCUGUACCACUAUUUGACUUCUAGCCAACGCGCAGUCGGGCGCCUUCGGUUCCAGGCGGAACAGGCGAUGGAGCCGCCUGAGUGGUGGCUCCAGUACGACUACGCGGCCAUUGUGGUGAUGAUGACGACCUCCACGUUUUGCCUCUUCGUCCACGGAAGCUCGGCAUGGUACGUCUUCACGCUGGACGUGGCCUGGGCUUUGGCCAUGGUCUUCAUCAACCAGUAUGUUUACCUGGCGCUGAGCCGAGAGACCUACUUCUCCACUGACAGGCUGGAUGCUGUUGCUUCCAGGGCGCAGGGUGUGCCCGUUGCCAUGAUCGCCGUGUGCAUCCUGCACUGGGCGAACCGCUCUGAGCGGAAGCGCUUGAGAUUUGCCCUGACGGUGGUGGUGGUAGUUGUGUCGUUCAUCUUUGUGUGUCUCCUGGAGAGUGAGACGCGCAUUCACGAGCGAUACGACAAGCGAACGCAUGUGUGGUACGAAGAGAAGCACUACAAGCAGGCUGAGGAGGCCAUCGUGUUCAAUUGGUGGAACGUGAAUCCCGUCUAUUGCCUGCGUCACAAGUUCGGCUUGUUGCAGGACUCGCCCUCGCGGAGAAGGACCACCCCUUGGCGGGCGGGCAAGGGCCACCUCCAGCCCCGAGAGCGUGCGACCGCCUCCUGAGUCGCUGCAAAACGCGGCGGAGCAGUACAGGGAUGAUGGUCAAGUUGGCCGAAUGUAUACUGGUGAAGCCCUGACC